GAUUCCUCUCAUGUUAAGUAUGUGCACAUUGCUGUGGAUCAGUACUUCUUGAAUGUCUUCUCAUAUCUAUCUUACAGCCAGGUGUUUCGAAGACCAGAUCUGAGGAUUCGAUGAAGCGAGCUGUGACAACAGGGGACUGCAGCCUGCAAGAGGGUAAAAAGAAAAUGCAAGACCACCAUGCUGAAUCGGGAUCUCUGAAAGAACGUGAGGAAGACGGUUUCCAAAGGCAGGUGAAGAAAGUACGUGUCCUUGAUGAAAUCAGUGGACAGAGAUCUAUGGACACUGAAGGGAAGGUGGACAUGAACGGAUGUGAGCUGGUGGGAAAGCAGCAGCUGUUGGCAGCAAAGGAGGAGGCAAAAUUGGCUGAAGAGGAGACAAGAUGGUACAAGAUAAGACUUGAAGAAUGUCACGGGCAAAUGCGGGAAGCAGAGAUCAUUUGGAGACACCAGGUCACUCUUGCCGAGAAGGCCCAAGACAGCUCGCUCAGGGCUCAGGAGCUGGAGAGGGAAAUCUCUGAAUUGAGAAGGGAAAACUCUGACCUGAGAAGGGAAAACUCUGACCUGAGAAGGGAAAAAUCCUCUGAGCUGAGAAGGGAAGUUGCCCACCUGAAACAGAGAUUGGAUGCAAUCUGCAGAUGGAGGCAGGCAGAGGAAUACAUGAGGCAGGAGCCCACCCCAGGAGGACCGUACAGGCUGCAACCUCCCCUGAGAGCUUCACAGAGGGAUGGCAACCCUGUUAGGAAUGGAACCGCCUUUCCGGCUCAGGAGGCAGAGGAAACCAAAUUCACCCCGUGUGCCGGAGGGCCCCAAACUUUCCGAGGACAAGAAUGCGUGGCCUGCCCAGGGUGCGGCCCGUCAUCGCCCAGCUGGGUACUUGCACCUGGUCCCCCUUGGUGCCCUGUGCAACCUCGCCCCCAACCGCCAGCUGCUCCACUCGCCGACGCGAGCCCUGGCGCGGAUCCGGUGUGGCCCGGCAGCGCCCGCCCACCAGUGGUGGCCCCGGAGGCCCAGCAUGAGGAGUGUGAGCCCUCGCUCCACACUGACUUCUCCUGGCUCGGCUGA